AUGGCUCUUAGUACUGUGGUGGUAGUUUCGGGUGGUUUGUAUUUUUCGAAAUGUUGUGUUAAGUAUGAAUUUGACCUGAUCAUUAAUGGUAAACAUCUCAAGAACUUCUUUCAUGUUAGGUGGUCUAAAAUGAAUGCUUUUGGUAGAAAUUUAGAUCAUAUAAUUCUGCUGAAUCUGAGGUUCAAAGCUAACCUUGAUAUGAUUGGAGAACUAAAUAUUAAGAAUGGAUGGAACCAUGCCGAGAUUUCAUUAGCAAAAAAUGAUGUGAAAUGGAAAAGACUUCAUGUACAGGAACAAAAAACAAACAUGGAAGAUAUUCAAAUUAUCAAUCCUGAUGAUGCAAAAGAAGGAAAAGAAAAACGUCAUGCCUCCUCUUCCUCUACCAUUGAACGAUGGGCUUAUGAUGUUUUCCUCAGUUUUCGAGGAGAGGAUACUCGAAAUGGUUUUACCGGAAACCUUUAUAAAGCUCUUUGUGGAAAAGGAAUUAAUACUUUCAUAGAUGAUAAAAAUCUUGGCAAAGGAGAAGAAAUCACACCAGCCCUCAUGAUGGCAAUCCAAGAAUCAAGGAUUGCAAUUGUGAUUUUCUCAGAAAACUAUGCAUCAUCCACUUUUUGUUUGAAAGAACUUACAAAGAUCAUGGAGUGCAUAAAACACAAGGGCAGGUACGAGUAUGAGCUCAUUGGGAAGAUCGUUCAAGAGGUCUCUAAAAAGAUUAAUCAUAGACCUUUACAUGUUGCCAAAUACCCUAUUGGUUUAGAGUCUCGAGUGCAAAAAGUGAACUCACUUCUAGAAGUUGAAUCAAAUGAGGGGGUUCGCAUGGUGGGGAUUUAUGGAAUGGGUGGGUUAGGAAAAACAACUCUUGCAUGUGCUGUAUACAAUUGCAUUGCUGAUCAAUUUGAUAGUCUUUGUUUUCUUGGUGAUAUUAGAGAAAAUUCGAAGAAGCGUGGGUUGGUAGAACUACAGGAUAUGCUUCUUUUUGAAUUAACUGGGGAGAAAGAUAUUAAGCUCUGCAGUUUAAAUAAAGCAAUUCCUAUUAUUGAAAGUAGGCUUCGUGGGAGAAAAAUUCUAUUGAUUCUGGAUGACAUUGACAGUUUAGAGCAACUAAAAGCACUUGCCGGUGGACUUGAGUGGUUUGGUUCAGGAAGCAGAGUUAUUAUCACAACAAGGGACAAGCAUUUGCUGCAGGUUUAUGGGGUUGAAAGAGUCUAUGAAGUAGAAGGAUUGAAGCAUGAAGAAGCCCUUGAAUUGUUUGUUUGGAAUGCUUUCAAAUCAAAAGAAGUCGAGCCUAGUUAUUUCGACAUUGCAAAGAAAGUAUUACUUUAUUCUAAGGGUCUUCCAUUGGCUAUUGAAAUAAUAGGUUCUGACUUGUAUGGAAAAACAAUAUUGGAAUGGCAAUCUGCUAUAGAUACUUAUGAAAGAAUUCCUCAUGAAAAUAUUCAGGACAUCCUUAGAGUAAGCUAUGAUGGCUUAAAAGAAUUUGAAAAGGAAAUCUUUUUAGACAUCACUUGCUUUUUCAAAGGAUACAAACUAAGUGAUGUCAUGAACAUAUUACAUAGUGGCCGUGGCUACGCCCCAGACUAUGCUGUCCAGGUCUUGAUUGAUAAGAGUCUAAUAAAAAUGAAUGAAUAUCGUGUGAGGAUACAUGACAUGAUUGAAGAUAUGGGUAGAGAAAUUGUGAGGCUGGAAUCACCCUCGAAGCCAGGUGGCCGCAGUAGAUUAUGGUUCACCAAAGAUAUUCUUCAUGUUCUCAAAGAGAACAAGGGAUCUGAUAAAACUGAGAUCAUUGUGCUAAACCUUCUCAAAGAUAAAGAAGUUCAAUGGGAUGGAAAUGCAUUGAAGAAUAUGGAAAACCUCAAGAUACUGGUAAUAGAGAAAACUCGCUUUUCCAGAGGACCUAAUCAUCUUCCAAAAAGUUUAAGAGUGCUAAAAUGGUUUGAUUAUCCUGAAUCGUCAUUGCCGGCUCAUUAUAAUCCAAAGAAACUUGUCAUACUUGACCUGUCUGACUCUACGGGACUUUUUACAUUUGGCAAUCAAAUGAUCAUGGUAUUGAUAUUUUGUCUGUUUUCUGAGUUUUAA